CUCGCUAGCUGGCCAUACUGUCAGAUCUAGUCCAGACUAGACGCAGAGUGGACGUGCUUCUCCUACAGAGAAAAAAAGACACCUACCACCAGCCCGACGAGCCGUGCCUGAAGCCGCGUUGCGCGUUUCUUCUUGCCCGAACCAACCAAACUCUGAAUUCAGAUUAAAUAUGUCUAAUAUCGUUUGUUGUCAAACGCCUCAGGUUAUAAUGUAUGACCAACAGAGAAUAAGUACAACUCUAUAGCCAACGGGAUCUCGAGGACUUGAUUACAGUCGCUUCAAGCCUGAUAGUUUGUCCGUGCGGCUGCUCCCCCUCUCCCUUCUGCUCACGCCCGUUUAGUCAACUGGCAUUUCUUCUAACAUCUCCCCGUCCCUCUCCUCGGGUGAAGAAGACUUGGAUUCCUCUGUGAUCACAGUCUGCUUUGCCUGCCGCCUACCUUUGGUUCCUGUUCUACUCUUAGAAGUGGCACUUCCCUGGAUUUACAUUAUACUCCAUUAGACGUACCUUAAAAAUUCUCCAAGAUGAUUCCAAAUGGUUAUUUGAUCUUUGAGGAUGAGAGUUUCCUGGAUUCCACCGUGGCCAAAAUGAACGCUCUGAGGAAGAGUGGUCAGUUCUGUGAUGUUAGACUACAGGUAUGUGGUCAUGAGUUGAUGGCUCACCGUGCUGUUCUGGCUUGCUGCAGUCCCUACCUGUUUGAGAUCUUUAACAGUGACAAUGAGCCUCAUGGAGUCUCACAUGUCACUUUUGAGGACUUGGACCCAGAGGCUGUGGAGAUCUUGCUUAACUAUGCAUACACUGCCCAGCUUAAAGCAGACAAGGAACUGGUCAAGGAGGUUUACUCUGCAGCCAAAAGGUUCAAGAUGGAACGAGUCAAACAGAUUUGUGGCGACUACCUGCUGUCUAAAAUGGAUUCCCAGAACGCCAUCUCUUUCCGAAACUUUGCCAGCUCUAUGGGAGAUGCCAGAGUUUUGUCCAAGGUGGAUGCUUUUAUUCAGGACCAUCUUCUGGAAGUGUCUGAACAGGAUGACUUCCUCAAACUUCCCCGCCUUAAGUUAGAAGUAAUGCUAGAGGACAACUUGACACUGCCCAGCAACGGCAAGCUCUACUCGAAGGUGCUCAACUGGGUGCAGCGGAGCCUUUGGGAGAACGGAGACCAACUGGAACGACUCAUGGAGGAGGUGCAAACGCUGUACUACUCACCUGACCAUAAGCUGGUGGAUGGAGGGCUGGUGAUUGAGGGGCACAGUGAGGUGUUUGGUGGCGAGGAGGAACACCUUCAGUUUGUUCAGAAGAAACCUGUACGAGAGAGUGCCCAGAGACAGAUGAGCUGCAGCUCCUCAGGAAGCCUGUCGCCCACCAACCAAGCAGCUAAUGCCCCCAAACAGAUGGCCAGGAGAGAGUGGAAGUACAUCGCCUCUGAGAAGACCACAAACAACAACUACUUGUGUCUAGCUGUGCUGGACGGCGUGUUGUGUGUGAUCUUCCUGCAUGGUCGCAGCAGCCCUCAGACCUCCCCCUCUGCCACCCCCUCCCUGAUGAAGAGUCUUAGCUUUGAGGCGCAGCCGGAGGAGCUGGAGGAGCAACCUCUGUCACCCAUGCAUUAUGCUCGCUCUGGCCUGGGCACUGCAGCUCUCAACGGAAGACUCAUCGCAGCAGGAGGCUACAACAGAGAGGAGUGUUUGAGGACUGUGGAGUGUUAUGACCCCAAAGAGGACCGUUGGACCUUCAUUGCUCCCAUGCGGACUCCAAGGGCUCGAUUCCAGAUGGCGGUGCUCAUGGGUCAACUGUAUGUGAUUGGAGGCUCAAAUGGACAUUCUGACGAGCUGAGUGGUGGGGAAAGGUACGAUCCACAGGCUGAUGAAUGGGCUCAAGUGCCAGAGCUGAGGACCAAUCGCUGCAACGCAGGAGUCUGCUCAUUAAACAACAAGCUGUAUGUUGUGGGAGGGUCGGACCCCUGUGGGCAGAAGGGCCUGAAGAACUGUGAUGCUUUUGACCCAGUGACCAAGACCUGGUCCAACUGUGCCUCCCUCAACAUCAGGAGGCACCAGGCUGCGGUAUGUGAGUUGGAUGGCUUCAUGUACGCUAUCGGAGGAGCAGAGUCGUGGAACUGCCUGAACACUGUGGAACGCUACAACCCGGAGAACAACACCUGGACGCUGAUCGCCCCCAUGAACGUGGCUCGCAGAGGAGCUGCCGUUGCUGUCCAUGAAGGCAAAAUGUUUGUCGUUGGCGGUUUUGACGGCUCCCAUGCGCUCCGCUGCGUGGAGGUGUACGACCCCGCCCGUAACGAGUGGAGGAUGCUGGGUAGCAUGACAACAUCACGCAGCAACGCCGGCGUAGCCAUGCUGGGGGAUACCAUCUUCGCUGUGGGCGGCUUCGACGGCAACGAGUUCCUCAGCACGGUGGAGGUGUACAACCCCGAGACGGACGAGUGGAACAACUGCACCCAGACCCUGACUCCCCUCUCUGACUGAGGAGGGGGAAGGCAGGGAUGAGAGCGGGGGGCGGGGGGUUUGAGGAGUUUCACAGUGCUUCACUUUUUUCCAAACUAACAGGCUUAGUGACGUAAUCGUGUUUCGUGAUGUUCGUGUGUAUGAGCGGAUAUGUA